AUGAACCGCAUAUCCUUUUCUUGUAGAGGAAUCGAAAUUAGACUAAAUUGGAAUUUAAAAAACGGAAAACGGAAUGGACAUGACUCAAAAUAUAGCAAAAUAGGCAUUUAUGGUGAAAUGGAUAUGUACGACGUGGAGUUGAAAGAAAAAGCAGCUGCUGCCACCUGGAGUCUGAGUGGUAGUCAGAACAAAGUCAAAACGACGCAUGUAAUGGGUGGAAUUGUUGUCAUGGAAAUGAUAAUGGAGAAAUCGUCAACACUACAGAGGAUUGGUUGUGAUGCGUUGGCAGCUUUGGUUGAAAAUGAUUUAAAAAUGCAAAACAAGAUGUCUGAGGGCGAUGCACUGGCACCAUUAACUAGAUUGCUGAGGGUAACGGACCUAGACAGAGAUGUGCUAAUUUCUGCAUUAAAAGCCAUCACAAAUCUUUGUUUGGGGUUAUCAUACAAGAACAACGCUAAAGUACAACAACACUUGGUAAAGAGAGACGUGUUGAAAAUUUUAGCAGAGAAGUUGAAAUUUCAAAUACAUUCGAGUAAAUUUGAUGAAGAAAUUAUUGUAGAGCUUUUCUUCACUAUAUCGUGUAUGAUAUUUGGGAAGGAACAGUCAGCGAGAACUAUGAACAGUUUAUUUUCAAUUGAAAGUGAAUUUGUAAGAAUCAUAUCUCUUUUGAAAUCGAAAAAUAAAAACCAUCAUCUGAAAAUUGGUCGCGCAUUGACUUUUUUGUGCAUAAAUGAGGCUACAAGAUUACAUAUGAUCAAAUACGUAACAUGGGAGCAUGUGCAAUCUAUAAUAAAAUUAUUUACAGAGGAAACUAAUGAACCUAUGAAAAUCGACGCGGCCUUUCAAGUAAUUGUUUUUACUAAGUGUAUUUUCAACAAGCAAACUAUAGACCUGUUGGCUCAGUCCAUAACCUUCCUAGUAAACAUAUUUGAUGGUGGUCAUUGGACGAUGAAUGAUGAAUAUGACAUCAAUGAAAAAGAAAUUAUCAAUUCUGACGAUGCCAACUUUGCACGUGGCUUCUCCAGGGAUGACUUGCAUGUUUUGACAUCCGCUGUGGUACUCUUUCCAAUUUUAUACCCUAAAUUGAAGUUGCAAAUUAAGUGUUUUUUAAACUCGGACGCAGAUGUGCGUGUGGAUGCGGUUUGGAAAAAUUUUGUCUGCACACUGCACAGGGCUCUACUUCAGACCUUCACAUUCAACAGUCCAUUCACACUCCUUGGAGACAGGAUAUACAAAAGCAUAACAAAAUAG